CGCAUACACGUCCAAGACGACCGGUGAAUGAAAGUUUCAGGUAUGAAUACCGUUACUUGCGUAGCACCAGUGAACAUCGCUGUUAUAAAAUAUUGGGGCAAAAGAGAUGAAACGUUAAUAUUACCUGCAAAUGAUUCUAUAAGUGCCACUUUAGAUACUGAUCAGCUAUGUGCAAAAACAACUGUAAUGAUCAGUCCACAAUUCAAAGAAGAUCGUAUGUGGUUAAAUGGAAAAGAAGAAAACAUCAAGAACCCCAGAUUGCAAAACUGUUUAGCAGAAAUUAAAAAACGAGCAGGCAAAUCAAAUGCCUCGGGACAAUGGAAAAUUCAUAUUUGCUCGAAAAACAAUUUUCCAACUGCUGCUGGUUUGGCUUCCAGCGCAGCAGGUUAUGCUUGUCUAGUAACAGCUCUUGCAAAAUUGUACAAAGUUGAGGGUGAUAUCAGUUCGAUUGCUCGUAUUGGCUCUGGAUCAGCAUGUCGUAGCGUUAUGGGAGGUUUUGUCAGAUGGCACAUGGGUUCUGAUCCCAAUGGGACUGACAGCAUCGCUAAGCAAAUUGUUCCUGCCUCUCAUUGGCCAGAAAUGAGAAUUUUAAUAUUAGUCGUAAAUGAUUCGAAGAAAAAAGUUUCUAGUGCAAUUGGAAUGAAAAGAGGUAUGGAAACAUCGGAGCUACUGAAACAUAGAGCAAAACAUAUAGUUCCUGAAAUGGCAAAUAAAAUGCAGCAAGCAAUAAUCGGCAAGGAUUUUAAAACGUUUGCUGAAUUAACAAUGAGGGAUUCUAAUCAAAUGCACGCAAUAACUUUAGACACUUAUCCACCUUGUGUCUAUAUGAAUGAUAUUUCGCACGCAGUCGCUGAUCUUAUUCACUCCUAUAAUGAUGCUAUUAACGACAUCAGGGUUGCAUAUACAUACGAUGCAGGACCAAACGCGACUUUAUAUCUCUUGGAAAAAAAUGUACCAGAGGUUAUGGGUUUACUGGAUUACUUUUUCCCGCCAUUACCCGAUACUUUAAUAGAAUACAGAAAAGGGCUACCUAUUGAAGUCAUUAAACCAUCGCAAAGUCUGUUAAACGAGAUAAACGUGCAAAAAUAUUCUCCCGGAUGUUUUAAAUAUACAAUUUAUACUCGCGUUGGAGAUGAUCCUAAGUAUCUCAAAGAUUCCAAAGAUCAUCUUUUAGAUAACCAAGGAUUGCCAAUCAAACAUGGCUGAGUAAUUUCGUAUUGUUAGAAAUGUUUAUAUUUUAUUUACUAAUGGAA